GGCUUGGUGUGGUGAGAUGAUGCUGGAAAGGCAAGCUGGUAAAUUUGGGGCAGGAAAAUGUUGAGGGUGUUAAAGAGAGCUGCAGGCUGGGUCAGGCAGUGCCUGAUCCAGGAAUGUCUGGGGGCUGGGAGGGAGUUCUGGGUAAAUAUUGCUGUGCUGUGAUGUUAUAUUCUUCCUUAAGCACCUGCUCCUGCAGCUGGUGAGGUACAGGUACAACCUGCUGUGUCUGUGCUGUAAUUGAGGUAAAAUUGGUGAUGCUCACGUUGAUGUUCUGCUGAGAAAACCUGGAUUCCUUCUCAGCAACUCUUUGAAGAGCAUCAUGUCCACAGGCUGUGCCUGCCUGCCCCUGCUCCCUUCACUCAGGCCCACUGGAAGGCUUCUCCCUCCCAGACUGAAGUUCUGAGUUCUGGUAGCCAGAGUACAGCUCUUACCAUGGGGACAGCAGAGAAGGAGCCACAUCAGAGCUGCAGCGGGGAUGUGCUGGGGUCUGCAUCCUCCAGGAUGCCCCUGGCCCCACAGGAAGGCUCAGCCCUGCAGGGCACUGCUCCUCCCCUGGGCUGCUGUGCCAAGGGCAGCCAGCUGCACUCACAUUUAAUGAGGUUUUGUCUCACAUGACUUCCUCCACCACAGGAAAGGAAUGAGCAGGUGGAGUGGUUUUAAAGCAGGUCAGAGAAUAUCGAUAAGAGCUCCCCUUUUAAUUCUGAAUUCAGGUAAAAAGCAGAAGCCUGGAGUGGGAGGUUUUUCUGUACCAUGAAUUGCUCGUGCUUUGCUGUCACCCUGUGUGCAGGGCACCUGCAGGUGGGCCAGGAGCUGUGAGUUUCUCUUGCUCCCACCAGGAGAGACUGACUGGCUGCUUCUGCCCUUUGUUAGUUUGUUGAGAGAAGAGGAGAGGGAAGGGAUGGCUUGGUGCUGAUUGAAAUAGUUUUGAGAGAAAAUGCAAGACUGCAGGAGGGGGAUAUUUCACCACAGCCCAUGGAAACGACUCCCCAGGCUGGCGUGGUUUUGCUAUCUGGGUGUUUCUGAUUUCCCUGCACUUCUUGUCCUGUACUGAGAUAAGAGAGAAGAUGCACCGUGCCUUCCACUCCUCUGGCAUCAUUCCCCCACCCAUCAGAGACAGUCCCUUCCCUCCAGCCCUGCUUUUCCCCAGCAGACCAUGCCCUGCAGUCCCAUUCCUGUUUCCUUCCUCGAGGUGUGUCCCCACCAGGCUUUUUCCAGAGGCAAAUGUGGAAAACCAGCAUCUCCCAUCAGAGGAGACGGCACAUCCCGUAAAUAUUUCAGGGAAUGAUCUCUCUGCAGACUCUUUUGGGAUCUGGUGGCUCUUUAGGCUGUGUUUUGUUUGAAUUCUGUCUUUGCAGAUGCUGCUCAGGGAAGGGGGAGGACAGGGAGCUUAUGCUGAGUAACAAGAGGCAAAGGACCAUGACAUUGCUUGUUUUUGUUCAGUCACGCUGAGCAAAGCUCACUGUGCUGUGAGGCUGGAGAAUGCCUUUAAGCCUCUCCUGAGAAAAAUGCUCAGCUCAUGUGCUCUAUUCUGACUCGCCUUCAGCUCUGGUGGAGUAGAUAAAGCCUGCUGAGGAGGGGCUGAUGCUUCCAGCACAGCUUUCCACCCUGAGAGCUGCUGGCAAAGGAAGCUCCUCUGCCCUGCCUCUGCUGUGGGGCUCAUCUCCAGCUCCAGAUUUUAUUCCAAAACCCCCCAGCCAGCACAGGCUGCUUGCCUGGAGCCCUGCAUGGACACAGAGUGUGGGCUGUGCUAUUCUUCAGGUGUUCACGAGUGGGAGGGAGGAAUUCACGGUGCAGCUGAGGAGUAAUUUAAUGUAUGCAUUUGUGUGGGGGGCUACAUAUGCAUAUAAUCCUGUAACCACACAUCACAGGCUUGGGAAAUCUCUGGAAAAUCCCAGGUCAGCCAUUCUGUGUGCAAUUGUAGCUUUUCUCUGCUUCUAACUCAGGCCUGAGGGUGGGAGCCUCUGUGUUCUUGUGCUGUUCAUGCCUGAUUGCUCCCCUGGGUGUGAGCUCUGUGGGAUGGGAGUGGGGAGGGUGUUCUCCUGUUCUCUCCUCGCAGGAGAUUGUCAGGAAGAUUAAAAGAGCAGGAGGUGUUCUGGGGCUGAAUGGAAAUGCAAACCCAGUGUGUGGCACUGAGCAGAGCGGGGAGAGCAGUCAGUGCCAGGCUUCAAGGUUUUCUUUACCACUGACUAAAGUGGUAAAGGUUUAAAAAAUCCUGUGUGACAUUCCUGUCUGUCCUUCCUGCCUCAGCCCUGCUUGCUGCAGCUUUCCCAUCUCCCCCAUGCCUCACUUUGCACAAGUCAGACUCUGCUGAGCCUUCACCUCUUUUACACAUAUUUCCCCCUGCACUGGAAGAAAUCUGCGUGGAAUUUCCCCUCUCCCCUCCUGCCUGUUGUAAGCACUGCAUUUUCAAGCUCUUCCCAGAAACUGGGAUGGCCAGAGAGGAGGGAGCUGGUUCAUUUUGGCUCAGGGGGGUUUGGCAGGAGGGAGCUGUCAGUCCUGUGCCACAGGCUGGUGUUUCUGUGCUGGGGGAUGAGCACAGCAGGGAGGGUUUGAUGUGCACAAGCUCUGUGUGAGGGGGCCAAGGCCACCAGGCUGUGCCUGGCACAGCAGCACAGAGCUCAGUGUGGCAGCAGCAGAUAGCAGGGGAGGCUGCAGCACUGCUGGCCACUGAGGCUGGGAAAAAAAAAAAGAGUUUGCUUGGGAACUGCAGCAGGGCUGGCAGGUGACACACCUGGCCUGCCACUGGAUCUGAGUCCUGCUUGCCAACCAGCAUGAAACACGUUAUCUCUGCCCAGCAGGUGGGGUUUCAAAGCUGGCAAGUGUCUGUGCUGGGGACGAGCAUUAAUACCUGGGAAUUUAUGCAUUAGGGCUUGUGAGACACUCGCUCUGCUGGAGAGCAAAUCCAGCUGGUUAAAAGCUCACUACAUCAAGCCUAGUUCAGCAUCCAUUGAAAUCUUUUGGCUGUGCCUGUCCCUCGGUGCUUUCCAUUCAUCUGAGCUGCUGAUAGGGCUCAGAACUGCUCAGCUGCAGAGUCUCUCUGGGGGAUGUUUCUCCCAUGAGCAUCUGGAAGUUGGUUCUUGAUCAGUUCAGUGGAAUUUUCACUGAACACUGCUGUGACCAUGCCAGGGGCAGGAGCCACAGCAGGAGAUCUGCUACAAGAGGUGCUGUCUUGAGCAUCAGAGAAUGCAAACAAGCUGCUAUUGUAGGCUGGAGUUAUAAAUAUCAGGCUAUUAUGGAGGCAGUUUUAAUGAAGGAAAUGACUUGCCACUAUUCAUACUGAUUGUUGCGUGGGUUUUUGUUUGUUACCCCAUUAAGAGGUUAAAAAAAAGGCAACUGUAGCUUCUUUGUGUCCUUUGGAGUGGCUUUCUCUGUCAGAACUGCAGCGCUGGGGCUCUGGAGGUGGGGAGGCAGGUACUAUUUUUACAGACAACGCUUUUCUCUAGUUUGAAAUGAAAAAUCAGGACUGACAAAGAGUGUCUGGCUUUUUUUUUUUCUUCCUUCCCAGAGUAUACCAUAAAAUCUAAACUUCCAGCCUUGCCUUCAAGGUACCUGAAGGUAUUUAUUAGCUUAUAUUUUGUGAGGGUGAUGGUUUGUUUUUAUCACUGUCUGUGGGUGAGUCUGGCUGCUCCCACUGUGUGUGGUGCUGGCAGAUCACCUCUGUUUGCUUCCUCCAGGUGUGACCCUGCCAACCCCAACCCUCCCCAGGCUGGGGCCAUGGCUGAGAUGAUUUUUGGCAGCGGGAUGGGCCCCUGGGUUUGCCCCAACGACCGGCAGCUGGCCCUGAGAGCCAAGCUCCAGACGGGCUGGUCAGUGCACACAUUCCAGACUGAGAAGCAGAGGAAGAUGCAGGCUCUGAGCCCCAAGGAGCUUGAGGUCAUCCUGGGAGUGAUCCGCAAGGCAGAGCAGCUGGACGUGGUGGAGCAGCAGCGCGUCGGGCGCCUGGUGGAGAGGCUGGAGAACAUGAGGAAGAACGCCAUGGGGAACGGCCUCUCGCAGUGCCUGCUCUGUGGGGAGAUGCUGGGGCUGCUGGGCAGCUCCUCUGUCUUCUGCCAGGACUGCAAAAAGAAAGUUUGCACCAAGUGUGGGAUAGAAACUGUCGGAGGCCAGAAACGUCCCCUGUGGUUGUGCAAGAUCUGCAGUGAGCAGAGAGAGGUCUGGAAGAGGUCUGGGGCGUGGUUCUACAAAGGGCUGCCCAAGUACAUCACGCCUUUGAAGAGCAGCAGCAGCAGAGCCCUGGAGCUGCAGGGCCAGCCCUGGCAGGGCGAGGCGGCCGAGAGCGUCGGGAGCAGCUGCUCCUUCACCUGGGCCAGGGGAAAAGUGGUUUCCAGUGACAGUGAGAGCGAGGAGCUCAGCUCCUCCAGCCUGGAUGACAAACCCGUGGGACCCAGAGGCUCUCAAGGGAGGAAGCUCCAGGCAGGAAUGGCACCCACCAGGGGACCCAGCCAGGCCACGGGCACAGCCCUGGGGACCCCCCAGUGCCCCCAGGUGUGGGGGAGCCACAGCAGCCUGGGCAGUGAGCAGGGGGCAGAGCUCAGCCCCACGGAGAGUGACCGAGCCCCGGACAGGCGCCACAGCGACGCCGGCACCAGCACCCCUGGCAAACCACGGGCCCACGCCAGGACACGGCUCUGAGGGGGGCGAAGAUGGAGCUGCCCUUUCCUGGAUCCUGCCACUCCUCAGACCCGCUCCAGACAGGAGCUGCUGCCAGUGGUGACUUUGUGCCAGGCGCUGGUGGCACGGUGGCAGCUGGGACAGCCCCUGCCUGUCCUCUGAGAGCCCCACAGAGAGCCUGGGGCUGGGGUUUGCCCGUGGAUCCCGUGGGGAAGGUGCUCCUGGUGCUCCUUGUGUUUGCUGGUGUUUUGUUCUGGUUGGAGUUUGGAGGGGGCAUCAGGAGCCAGGAGCUCCUGGUGAUGGACCUGGUGGAGCUGUGCUCCUGUUGCCUCCCUCUCUGCUCAGGGUAAAGGAACACUCCAAGGAGUUUGCUGUGAUUUUUUCACUCCCCUUGGCUCCUGGGAGGGUGGGGGUCAGGGGAGAUUUGCAGCUCCUGGGGGGAGCACACCCCCAGCCCAGCUGGCUGUGAGUGCCCAAAUGGGAUAAAAGCUUUCAAAUUACUUUAUCCUGCAAAGCUCUGCAGAUUCCCCUCCCACGUGCACACCUUACAUGAGCAAGGGCCUUUGUUUUGCCUUUUUCCUGGAAGUCUUGAGCAUCUGGCUGACUCUGGUGGUGUCAUCAUGAGUCAGGCUGUUGAAAACUGCAUGCCCUGGUCCUGCUUAUCCUCCAGAAUGGACAAUUUCCCUCUAAGGCCUGACACAUGAGAAAAAUCAAAUUACCUCACAUCUCUGGAGCAAUUAGAUCUUUGAAGGCCUGAACAAAACCCACACUGGGAGACUGUGGAUUUUAUGAAAUGCUUUGGAGCUGACCUGUCUAUUAUGAAGAAACAAAGGAUUCCAAAAAGUUCCCUCUGAAAUCACGGAGUUGAAGGCAAUUUGUGGCCAUUAAUGUCAGCCUUUCCCCUGGUUAUUUCUCUUUUGUUCUGUUUUCCUUUGCUCUGGGCACUCUGUGUGCAUGUAGUGUGUGUUCUUACAAAUGGCUGCAGUAUGAAGAUAAAUGAGAUUGGGUGCUGGAACACUCGGGCAGGAGAUGGGAAAUCAAUCCCUGACUCGCUUUCCAAAUGAGCAGGGCCCAACAGGGGCCAUUCCCUCACUGCUGCCCCACUUCAUGUGCUGUGGCAGCUUGCUGGUGAAAUGCUUCCAACCCUUCCUCUGGGGUCUGUUCCUGCCCUUUCACAAAUGGAAACAAAACCUUUGGAGCCCCUGGGCUCCCUGAGAUGGCAGAAAAAGGAAUCACUGAGUGUGAGGUCCACACCAUCAGUGCUGGGGAGAGCAGGGGAUGAGGCUGUUCUCCACUGAGGGAUGUUUUAUGGCAUGCUCUGUUGUUAACCUGGCCAUUAACUGCAUCUGUGGAAUGGGUAAUGCCAAAACCAUCAGCUGUUUGUGAGGAAGGAGCUCCAGCUGUCAGCUUUUGCUGAAGUGCUGCUGUGGUUUCAGGGCUGUUUCUUCUCAGAGCUGUAGGGUCUUCAGUUUCCAGUGUGUUUAGGCCUGUAGGGUCUUCAGUUUCCACUGUGUUUAGGCACCAAAAAGAGCUCUAUUUUGCCUUGAAGCUUUUGGCAGUUCAGGUGAGGCUUUUCUUGCUCGUUACUGCAGUGCCUCAGAGAGCCUGGCCUGCCAGCCAACGUUAAUUCCACAGCAGAAGGAGAAGGGAAAAGACUUUCAGGAAUUUACUCUAUUUUCUUUAAACCUGUUCCUUUGUCAUCACCAGCUCUACUGAGUUGGAAAGAGCUUUUAAAAUCACGAGUGUCAUUUCUAGCUCUCCAGGGCAGGGCAGGCAGGUCACUCGUGUCCCCAUUCCCACUCUCAUUUCCCACACCAAGGGGUGCCAGCUCUGCACAGGAGCCUGGCAAUCCUUGCUGUGCCACUGUGAGGCAUCAGCUUGAUUUUUAACUGAGGCCAGCUUUUAUAAAACACCCUCAGAGAUAAAUUUGACAUUGCUCUGGUGCUAGUGAGACUGAAACCUUUUCUUUCUUACCUCUGUAUUUUAACUCCAUGGGGUAAUGCCACCUGAGUUUGAACCAGAAUUGUUCAAUCUGCUGUGGAAAGACUCCUCUUGGAUUGAGGGAAGGAUCUGGUCCUGGACAAUGUGAUCCAGGCAGCUCUGUGCACUGUUUUAUUUUGAAGACCACUUUUCCCUUUGUGGUGAUUCUCUUGGUUGUGUUUUGUAGCUUUUGUUGGAAUAUUAUCCUAAACCUGUACCUGUUUUUUGAGCCAGCUCAAUGUGGGCAAGAAGAGCUCAGUGAAUGUGUUUAGUCUGCUCUGGUCAUUUGUGUUUAUUAUUUUCUUGUUCUCAUCUCCACCCCUCACAACUUUUAUGUGGUCUUUUACUACU